AUGGAUUUAAAAUCACUAUGUUGGAAUGUCCAGAGAUGCGGUGACUCUCGUUUCCUUCUGGCGGCUAAACAAAUUCUUCACGAUAACAAACCUGACUUGUUGGUUUUUAAUGAACCUCAUAUUAGUGGUUCAAAAGCAGACUAUGUUAUCUCCACUGUUGGUUUUCCUAACUUAAAUCGGACUGAGGCCUCUGGUUCUUUCGGCAGUAUAUGGGUUGCUUGGUAUGAUACUAUCUUCGUGACUAUCCUUAUGCAUCAUUUUCAGUUUGUUCAUUGUCGGACUACUCUACGAAGCAACAACUCCUCCUUCUUAGCCACGGCAGUUUAUGCUAGCCCAUCUGCUUCAAGACGUAAACUCUUAUGGCCUCAUCUCAGGCGUCUUGUGACUUCAAUUAAUUCUACUUGGAUUCUUUUUGGAGAUUUCAAUGCAACUUUAUUUGAUUCGGAUAGAAAAAUUUAUGCUAUAUCUGCCCGACCUUUCAGUGCGUUCCAAAAUCUCAUUUUCGACUAUGGGCUUCGGGACAUAAACUACCAAGCUCCUGAUUAUACAUGGUCGAGAGGACACUCCCAAGUUCGUCUAGAUAGAUUCAUUUAUAACAACUAUUGGGAUGAGAACUUUGCUGAAGCCAUGGUCCAUCAUCUUCACCAAAGCUGCGAAUACUUGGAAUAA